AUGCGAAGGUUGGACGAUGCAAACCAAUCAUACGUUCCUGCGGGUAUUAUUGGAGAUAUGGAACGCGAGUUUGGUGUACGGAUUACCUACAACAAAGCGUGGAGGGCUAAAGAGAAGGGACUUCCAUUUCUUCGUAGUACACUCGAAGAAAGUUUCCAGAAAUUGUCAUCAUAUUGUCACAUGUUAACCGAGAAAAUUCCAGGAACUAUUGCACACAUUGAACUCGACUCGAAUAAUAGGUUCUUGUACUUCUUCUUAGCGUUCGGGCCUAGUGGCCAAUAUAAGGGAACACUACUAGUAGAUGCAGCGCAAAAUGCUAACCUACAAAUAUAUUCUCUUGCGUGGAGUGUUGUCAAUGGGGAAACAAAUGCAUCGUGGUAUUGGUUCUUUGCAAAGCUGAAAGAUGUCGUUGAUGAUUCAAACCAGCUAGUGUUUGUGUCGGACAGGAAGAAGAGUAUUAAGCGGGCAAUUACGAGGUUGUUCCCACUUUCUCACCACGGUGCUUGCAUCUGGCAUAUCGAGAAAAAUCUUAUUGCUAGGUAUAGCAGUAGCAAUGUCAUCUUCUUAUUCAAGCGAGCAGCGGUAGCGUACCACGUAUCGGAAUUUGAUCAGUUUAUGACACAAAUAAGAACGAUUCGACCGUCAAUGGCAUCUUACUUGGAACGUAUCGGCAUAUCCACCUGGUCACGGGCACAUUUGUUGGUAGCACAUGUUCAUGUCGAGAGUUUCAGAUGCGACAAAUUCCACGUUCACAUGCAUCCUGAACUGCUUGCGCAAAAGAAAAAUCAUUGUAUGAUUUGUGCUCCCCUUACUACACCACAGAAUAUUGGCGAGUUGCGUACAACGAAGUUCUUCACCCCGUUGGCUACACAAUGUGGUAAUGGACACAAAAGCAACCCAUGA